AAAGCUGGUGGGCUGCUAAAAGAGCCGUCUUCUCUCUCCUCCGCAGCAGACAACAAAAACAACAAAAGAAAGGUAAAAAAGCACAUGUCGAAUCCCCAUAAUUCUUCCUCUGCUACCAAACGAUUUUUAGGAUCCCCCAAACCUAAAGCUCAUGGACCUGCAAUUCAAUUUCUAGGGUUUUGAGAAGCAAACCCACAAAAUUCUAAACAGAACAGAUAAACACGAGGACUUCGAGAGCUGUGAUCUGUAAUUCCACGCCAUGGAAAUUGAGGUCUCCAGCUCUUCCAAUAUUGUAUCAUCGUCUUCUGUCGAUUUGGAGGUGGAUAAAAAGAAUAAAGCAGAAGAAGACGAUGAUCGGGUUCGCCUCAAGAGGAAGACUUUGAAGGCUGUGCUUGAGCAGUGCCAGAGAGCUCUCGAAUUGCUUAGUAGCUCUGAUGGUGUUGAAGAAGAGGACGAUGAUGAUAACGAUAAUAAUGGGGAGAAGCUGGCUGUUGAGGAUCGGAACGAGGAUGAGGAGCUUAACCGAGAGGGUUCAGUGGUGUCGCCUGGCGAUCGAGAAGCAUAUGAGUUGUGCGACCUUCUCAAAUCUAGAGUUGAAUGCCCUGACUUCCUUGAAAAGCUAGAGUGUGCUCAAGUGUCUGUUCCACAAAAUAUUUCUGAAGAAGGUAGUUCUUGGGACAUGGUGAGUGAAAGUGAUCUUUGGGAAUGUGAAAAUGUUGAUUCUGAUCAAGAAGGUUAUGUUCUUGUUCGGCAAGAAGACAUAGUAGAGGGCAUUGCAUGCUUCAUGGCUGCCUAUUUGUUGUCCCUUAAGCAGACAAAGGACUUGACCCCUAAUCAACUCCAGGAAGCCCUUAGCAAAACAUUCUCUGUAAAAAAGAAGAAAGGGAAGCUCCGAAAAGCAUGGGAUGGAAGCAAAGUCAUCUAUAAUGUAGCAUCCUGGGGAGCAACUGCCAUUGGGAUAUACCAAAACCCAGUAAUUCUUAGGGCUGCUUCUAAAGCAUUCUGGACUUCUUGUCAUGUUAUAUCAAAGCUUCUCUGAUGCACCUGUCAAUAUUUGGAGAAUGCUCUGGUAUUGGGAUUCACCGAUGUAUAUGUGCUUGCGCUGCCAAUGCAGCUGGGGUUUCUCAUGUUGUAUUCCAUUCUUUCAUGCUACAAAUUGAUUGAUUACUCGGACAUGAUUUGUCUUGUAAAUAUUCUUCUUUUAAGUAUUCCCGAGUGAAAUCGAAAUUUAUUGGUAAAAUUUCAUGUAAA